CCAACCAAGUUUCAAUUGAAUCAAAAACUCUAUUGCUUUCAAUACCAUUGUGUAUUCUCUCAUACUCUCUCAUACUGGCGUACUACCCAUUCAUAGUUUGGUCCUGAUCAGUAAUAAAAAACAACCAAACCAAAAAUGAUCUUCAACAAGUCUAUCAUCGUCUCCACUGCUAUCGCUGCUCUCCUCUCUGUUGCCUCUGCUGGCAAGGCCUCAGGCAAGGUCAAGGGCCAGAUCGGUGCCCUGGUCGACAAGGACAACUUCUGCAUGUUCCUCCCUCCUAUUUAUGGCGGUGAGAUCGCUGUUCACGAGGAUGAUGCCGUUGCUUUCUGCACAAAGCCCAUUGCCGCAGCCAAGGGCGCUGGUCUCCUCCCUCCUGGCUUCAUCAAGUCUGCCCACUUCGUCCGCAAUACCCAGAGCCAGUGGGUCCAGGUCACAGGAAGGAUGGACGGCUCAAAGUACGGCCUCAAGAAGAACGACGGUGGUGGACAGUACGAUAUCAAGGCCCCCGUUGGCUCCAAAUGCGCUGGUUACAAGUACUAUGUCGAGUUGGUUGAGCCCGAUAUUAACACCUACUGCUUCCGCUGCUGCCAAAACAAGGCUGACUGCCCUGUGAACAAGUCCACCUAUGGAUGCAAGAAGGUCCUCGGUGGCAACUAUGAGUAAAAAGAACGAGGAAAAUCCAUUUUUUUGUUUAGAUCCACAAUAUACUAUAUAUACCAGUUAUCUUAAUAGAGUAAAAUAAAUAUUAAUUACAAAAAAUUAAAAAAAAAUGCUUUAAGUAUUUGGUGGCGCUGUGAACUUGUAUAUACAAAUGUGAAUAUGA